CCAAGCAAUGGGACUAACGCUGUUCUCCGGGCAAUGAGGAGUGCUGGCCAGGGACAGGAACAGCUUUCCUUUUCUCGGGAAGAAAACGAGCCGUGAGGACACCUAAGGAUGUGCUGUCCAGAUGUGUUUCCCACAUCCACCUUCCUCCUAGGACUCGUGUGCUUGACAGCUUUCAGCAACUUUGCCAAGACUUCUGCAGACUUCUCAGGUUACAUAUCACAGGUACUAAAGAAUUACACUGACCAUGCCUGUGAUGGAGAAUAUGUCUCCCUGAGAUGUCCCCACAGAACCACCAUCAGCAUCCAGUCUUCUUUUUAUGGCCGAAUUGUACCAAGUCAUCAGCUGUGUCCUUCUCGCUAUCCCCACUCCUAUGCAACUUUAAUUAAAGAAGAUGUUGCCUGCUCAGUUGGUACUUCUCUUCAGAAGAUGCUGGAUGAGUGCCAGGACAGGCGGAGCUGCCAGUUUCUCGUCAACAGCCGGCUCUUUGGGACGGACCCCUGCCCCGGGACUGGCAAGUACCUCCUCGUGUGGUACAAGUGCAGGCCAAAUGAAUACAAGAGUAAAGUAGCCUGCGAAGAUGACAAGCUGAGGCUGAGCUGUAAGAAGAGCAUGGUGAUAGCCAUUUACUCUGCUAUCUUUGGGAGGACACAAGGAGGCAGCCUGGAGUGCCCAUACCAAAACCUAGGGAUGCCCAUGAUUGAGUGUCAGUCCGCCACUGCUCUCCAGCUCAUGAUCAAGCGCUGUCAUGGGAAAAGAAGCUGCAGCAUAUAUGCCAGCACCUAUGAAUUUGGAGAUCCUUGUUACCCAGGCAUCCAAAAGCAUCUUAAUGUCAUCUACACCUGUGUUCCCAAGAAGCUUCUGCAUGAAACUCAGGCAGGACCAACCAAUCAACAAGGGUAUCAGAAGCCACAUUUUCCGCUGCAGCCAAGAGUGUUUGACCCUGAUGUUAUAGGGGACGGCGUGUUCCUAUCGGAUGUCUCUCCUUCCAACAUAGAGCCAGCUCUCCCAGCAGAGAAGAAGAAGGGGAGGUCAGCCACUUUCUACCCUCUAGACAACACCCCCCUCCUGCUCCCUGUGGAUGAGACAGAACUACCGGGGCUCAGCAACAGCAGCAGCAGCAGCAGCAGCAGCAUGGAGCCCGUGGGCGUCGGCACGGAGAUGGCCCUGCUCAGCAACAUCCUGGCAGCCUAUGCCUUCAUCACAGAAAACCCCGAGCGGGCCGCGCUGUAUUUCGUGUCCGGAGUGUGCAUUGGACUCGUGCUGACCCUGCUGGCCCUGGUGCUCCGGGUGUCCUGCCGGACGGACUGCAGGCGCUCCUCCUCCAAAAAACCUCCCCGGGAGCGGGAGAGCGACAGCGACAGCAGCGACAGCGACGACGACUCGGACACCACGUCGGACCUGUCUGCCCGCAGGCACCGCAGGUUCGAGAGGACUUUGAACAUGAACGUGUUCACCUCGGCGGAGGAGCUGGAGCGGGCGCAGCGGCUGGAGGAGCGGGAGCGCAUCAUCCGCGAGAUCUGGAUGAACGGGCAGCCCGACAUUCCCGGCACCAGGAGCCUCAACCGCUACUACUGAGCCCCGGGGGCUCAGUGCUCCUGCCCUGCUCUCCGGGGCUGCCCCACACCUCGGAGAGGAGAGGGAGGGAACAAUGCCACACGGGCAUCUUCCUUUUCCCGUCAGGUGUGCCACCUGGAGCGGCGUGGAUGGACAGCCGGGAUGAUUCCCCAUCUCUGUCCCUGACAUGUUGGUAUCACCCCUCUUCCCGGACGCUUUCUCGUUUCAAAGAAGUGGUUGCCAACUUGCCAACUUCAUUUCUGAGUAGCAGGCAGGAAGGAGAAAAUGGCAGCUCUCCCGUGUGGGAUGUGGCAUUGGGCACACAGCUCCCUGUCCUCCUCUCUUGGCUGGACAGGGAAGCUCUCCAGGAUCUGGUCUCCAUUUAGGGUUUUUUGGUUUCCCUUUCCCGAGGACUGUGGGAGAAUUGUGAACAAAAUGACAGCUCUGGAAAGAUGAUUUGGGGGAGGCGCAUCCUGACCGAUUGUCUUGUGACUUCAGAAGCCAUGAGAUUAACCUAAUUAAGACCCAACAGCAAAUAGGACUUGUUAAGAACUGGGGGAUGGGAGGGAGGGGGAUUCUUCCAUCAUGAAAUCAUCUUGGUGCUUGGAUGUUUGCCAUAGUUUGUUCAGUUAUUUAUGGCUGUCUUUUCAUCUUCCUUUUCAAUGGGGACAUUUAGUUUUUUUACUGACACCUCAGGGAUAAAAUCCUAUUAUUUUUUUGAGUCUGCUCUCCCUGCUGGCCCCUGUCAAACACAACCCAACCCAUCUCCAACAGUAAAAUUCUGGUAAUAUAAGAGAUGUGUCAGUCACUAGUGAGAAGUUAACAACCUCAAAGAGGUUGAAAAAGGUUUUCUUUUUGUUUUAAAUAUAUAUAUAUAUAUAUUUGAAGAUGCUGCACAGGAAUGUGCCUUAUUCUCUUUUUUGUUGUUGUUGUUAAACUACAGUUUUCCUAUGGAUAGCAAUGCACAAUGUUUUAUAUAUUUUAUUAAAAAAAUAAAAAUUAAAAAAAUUCUGUGUUUACCAGAGGAAAACCAACACAGAAGAAGCCAUGUCUGACAACAAAAUGGGUAAGAAAUGCUAAAUAAACUCUGGUUUGCUUCCAUACAA